AUGGCUCCAUAUACUUUCGAACUAUUCGCACCUUACAACAAACAAGCUGGCCUUCGACUCAAAAAUGCAAAUGCCAGAAUGUUUGGUCUCGACAUUCCCAUGGAACUCAACCCAGAUGAUGGAUAUUGGCGUGUUACUCUUGAUCUAGCUGACGGCAUCUACCAUUAUCAGUUCAAAGUCGUUACCCGAUCAUGGUUCGAAGUCGAGCCAGAGCCUGCUCUUCCUGACUAUAUCGACGACGAGACCAAAAGUGUCGACGAAAACGAACAGAUUCGAAAGACCUAUCGCGAAGAACACGAGAAACUCGUACAGCAAGUGAAAGAAAGAAACCAGAAACGAGAAGAAGAAAUCACCUUCACCGAAGUGUGGUACACUUUUGUUGAUCCAUAUGCAACCGAAGUAGAUGAGCGUGGCUCGGACGAUGCUUUUCGAUCAGUGGGCAUUCUAAUUUUCAAGAAUGGAAAGCGGAUCGUGGAUGAGUACGAGUGGAAAUACGAUAACUAUGUUCCGUUGGCUGGAAACGACAAGCUGAUCAUCUAUGAGAUUCACAUAGGUGAUUUUCAAGAUCGUUUCAAAGAUGUGACAGAGAAGAUGGAGUAUUUUGUGAGUCUGGGUAUUACAGCUGUGGAAAUCAUGCCAAUCAAAGAAUAUCCAGGACAAAUCGGAUGGGGAUACACACCAAGAUAUUAUUUUGCUGUUGAAAGUGCUUAUGGUACAACUGCAGAGCUGAAAGAAAUGAUAGAUACAUUUCACAAGCACGGCAUCCGUGUUAUCAUGGAUGGUGUAUAUAACCAUUGUGAUGUAUCCGCACCGUAUACCGCUAUUGAUCAUGAUUAUUGGUUUCAUCAUGAACCGAAAGAUCCAAAAUACUGUUGGGGACCAGAAUGGAAUUAUGGCAAAUUUGAUGAAAAAUUUCAAGUAUGGCCUGCGAGAAAAUAUAUAGCGGAUUCAGUACAAUACUUUAUCAAUGAAUUUCAUACCGACGGUAUUCGUUUUGAUGCUGCCACUCAAAUAAACAAUGAUGAAUUUCUUCGAAUUCUCUCUCAACAAGCCAAACAACAAGCCCGCGUUCGUGGUUAUGCACCGGAUUUUUUUUGCGUUGGAGAAUAUUUACCCGAUAGAAUUGAAUCUGUUCUAUCUAAUGGUGGACCUAUGGAUGGCCUAUGGCAUGACAGUUUCUAUUGGAAAUUGCGCGAUGCUAUCGUUUUUGAUGCAGUAAACUGGAAUGAACUAAAAGAUGUCAUUGAUAGUCGCCGACAAGGUUACAGAAAUCUCGUUGACAUCGUUAAUUAUCAAUCCAAUCAUGAUCACGAUCGAUUAUUAGUCGAACUUGGCAAAGAACGUCAGAUCUUCGAUCGUGAUGCAUUCCAUCGUGUUCGUCUAGGAUUAGCAAUUCAAGCAACAGCAUUCGGCUUGAUGAUGAUCUGGAUGGGAGAAGAAAUUGGUGAAUACAAAGAGAAAACUCCAGGAGUAGCCAAACUUGAUUGGUCAUUGAUUGAAGAUCGCGAGGAUAAUUCAAAUAGUAUUAAUAGAGAACAUUUGCAAUACUACAAGGAUGUUAUUCAAUUACGAAAACGAAAUGCAGCAUUGACCACUCCUAAUCUCGACUUUAUCUAUGAACAUACCGAUAAUCAGAUCUUAGUUUGGUAUCGUUGGAAUAAUGAAACGGAUAAAUCUCGGAUACAGGAGAAUCAUGUUGUCGUUGUAUGCAACUGGUCAUCUCAAACUUACGAAAAGUACGAAAUUUUUAAUAUGCCUCGAAAUGGUCAUUGGUAUGAAUGGCUGAAUAAUGAUAAAGAAUAUCUCGUGGAACAUAACAAACUAAUUAUUGCAAAAUUCACGAAAAAGAUAACAACGACAACAAUAUCGACAUCAUAUAACAAUAUACUCGAAUGGCUCCAUAUACUUUCGAACUAUUCGCACCUUACAACAAACAAGCUGGCCUUCGACUCAAAAAUGCAAAUGCCAGAAUGUUUGUACGUAUCACUACUGCAUCUUCUUCACUAUCUCUCUCCUUUCAACACUUUUCUUCAGGGUCUCGACAUUCCCAUGGAACUCAACCCAGAUGAUGGAUAUUGGCGUGUUACUCUUGAUCUAGCUGACGGCAUCUACCACUAUCAGUUCAAAGUCGUUACCCGAUCAUGGUUCGAAGUCGAGCCAGAGCCUGCUCUUCCUGACUAUAUCGACGACGAGACCAAAAGUGUCGACGAAAACGAACAGAUUCGAAAGACCUAUCGCGAAGAACACGAGAAACUCGUACAGCAAGUGAAAGAAAGAAACCAGAAACGAGAAGAAGAAAUCACCUUCACCGAAGUGUGGUACACUUUUGUUGAUCCAUAUGCAACCGAAGUAGAUGAGCGUGGCUCGGACGAUGCUUUUCGAUCAGUGGGCAUUCUAAUUUUCAAGAAUGGAAAGCGGAUCGUGGAUGAGUACGAGUGGAAAUACGAUAACUAUGUUCCUUUGGCUGGAAACGACAAGCUGAUCAUCUAUGAGAUUCACAUAGGUGAUUUUCAAGAUCGUUUCAGAGAUGUGACAGAGAAGAUGGAGUAUUUUGUGAGUCUGGGUAUCACAGCUGUGGAAAUCAUGCCAAUCAAAGAAUAUCCAGGACAAAUCGGAUGGGGAUACACACCAAGGUAUCAUUUCGCUAUUCAGAGCACAUACGGUACAACCGCAGAGCUGAAAGAAAUGAUAGAUACAUUUCAUGAACAUGGUAUUCGCGUGAUUAUGGAUGGUGUUUACAAUCAUUGUGACGUAUCGGCACCAUAUACUGCAAUCGAUCAUGAUUAUUGGUUUCUUCAUGAACCAAAAGAUCGUGUAUGGUGUUGGGGACCUGAAUGGAAUUUUGAAAAAUAUGAUGAAAAAUAUAAAAUUUGGCCCGCAAGAAAAUAUGUUGGUGAUUCUAUUAGAUACUUCAUCAAUGAAUUUCAUAUUGAUGGUAUUCGCUUCGACGCAGCGACCCAAAUUGCGAAUGAUGAAUUUUUGAAAGUAGUCGUUCAACAAUCCAAACAACAAGCACGUGAACGUGGAUUCGGCGCAGAAUUCUACUGCGUCGGGGAAUACCUUCCUGACAAACCUGAGUAUGUCAUAUCCAACGAUGGACCUAUGGAUGGUAUAUGGCAUGAUAGUUUCUAUUGGAAAAUUCGAGAAGCAAUGGUCGCUGAUACAGUAAAUUGGAACGAUUUGAAAGACGUUAUCGAUCCUCGACGACAAGGAUAUAAAAACACUUGGGAUGUUGUCAAUUAUCAAUCAAAUCAUGAUCAUGAUCGUCUGCUAGUUGACCUUGGCAAAGAACAUCAAAUCUUUGACGAAGAUGCAUUUCGUCGCGUUCGUAUGGCAUUUGCAAUCCAGGCAACAUCAUUCGGUUUAAUGAUGAUUUGGAUGGGAGCUGAGUUUGGUGAAUACAAAGAAAAGACGCCUGGUAUCGCUAAACUCGAUUGGUCAUUGAUUGAAGACCGUGAGGACAAUUCGAACGCGUUAAACAAGAAACAAUUACAAUAUUACAAAGAUGUCAUUCAAUUACAUAAACUUAACUUGGCUCUAACAGCUCAGAAUCUAGAAUUUAUCUUCGAAGAAGAAAAUGAUCAAAUCAUGGCUUGGCAUCGAUGGAAUUCAGUCGUUCACGAUCCUCAUGCGGAAGGUAAUCAUGUCAUAGUUGUAUGCAACUGGGCAUCCAAAACUUACGAGAAAUACGAGGUUUUAAACAUACCACGAAAUGGUCAUUGGUAUGACUGGCUAAAUGAUGAUAAAGAAUAUCUCGUGGAAAAUAACAAACUCAUCAUCGAUGAUUUCGUCGACCAUACUGUUCGAGUUUUUGUGUACCAAAUAAAAAAAUGUGUAGAGUUAAAACGAGUCUCCAGUUGA